UUUCCCCGACGCAGAGGCUGCCUCUCCGGUCGGCCCCAGAGUCAAGUCGAGUCCAAAAAUCACAGAGUGGCCGAGACGGCGACGGGCGACGGCGACGACGACGACGACGACUCGGCUCGAGUCAGCAAAGUCAGGCGGAGGCCAACGACAGGCCGAUGAUUAAAAUCAGAGCUCUCGGUGUGACCGAUUCUUCCCUUCUCACCCCAUCCUACCAACUUCACACCGCGCCCGCCAGAAUGUCUGCAGAGAACCCUACGAUCAUCCACAGCAACGGUACCGGCGCUGCGCCUGCUGCUGCCACCAACGGUAUCGACAAGGCGGCCCUCUCUCGCUCGGUCACUGGCUCCUACAAGCCCGAGUCGAGCAACCUCGGCACUUUUGGUGUCAAGAGUGGUUUGGCCCAGAUGCUCAAGGGCGGUGUCAUCAUGGACGUCGUCAACGCCGAGCAGGCCCGUAUCGCCGAGGAGGCUGGCGCAUGUGCCGUCAUGGCCCUCGAGCGAGUCCCUGCAGACAUCCGUGUUGAGGGAGGUGUAGCACGCAUGUCCGACCCCAAGCUCAUCCAGGAGAUCAUCGAGGCCGUCUCGAUUCCAGUCAUGGCAAAGUGCCGUAUUGGCCACUUUGUCGAGGCGCAGAUCCUUCAAUCGCUCAAUGUCGACUACAUCGACGAGUCCGAGGUGCUCACGCCCGCUGACGAUGAGCACCACAUCAACAAGCACAACUUCAAGGUGCCCUUUGUCUGCGGCUGCAGGAACUUGGGUGAGGCACUCAGGCGCAUCUCCGAGGGUGCCGCCAUGAUCCGCACCAAGGGCGAGGCUGGCACAGGCAACGUCGUUGAGGCCGUCCGUCACCAGCGCACCGUCCAGGCCGAGAUCCGUCGCGCCGCAAGCAUGAACGACGAGGAGCUCUACGCCUACGCCAAGGAGAUCUCGGCUCCUUUCCACCUCCUGAAGGAGACUGCUCGCCUGAAGCGCCUCCCCGUCGUCAACUUCGCCGCCGGUGGAGUGGCCACUCCCGCUGACGCUGCACUUAUGAUGCAGCUGGGCUCGGACGGUGUCUUCGUGGGAUCCGGUAUCUUCAAGGGCAAGAACCAGGCAGAGCGUGCCAAGGCCAUCGUGCAGUCUGUGGCUCACUACGAGGACCCGAGCAAGCUGGCGGAGGUCAGCACCGGGCUGGGAGAGGCGAUGGUUGGACUGACGAUCAGUGAGAACAUGCCUGGAGGCAAGAUGUCGGGGCGUGGGUGGUAGACGAGAGUCACGGGCGCACAUAAAAGCAGAAGCAUAGAGGAUGUGGGGAGGAGAGGUCGAAGAAGUUAUAAGGAUGCGCGGCCUUGCUUCACCACUCUCUUCAUCUUGCAAAAGGAGCAGACUGCUCAGAUGAAAUUGCCAUACAGUCACAGAAGACCGCAAAGCCUGCUGUCUGCAGCCUUCGAGCCAAAGACUCAGGCGGGGUCGUCUACGGUCGCGCGAUCACGCUUCUCACUCUGGAUACUUGCACAUUGAAUGCAGAUGGUGGCAGGGCGAGACAUAUGCUCGCUUGUUCGCUUUCGAUUUUGGGAGUAAAAAAGAUGAGACGAGAUGAGGUCACAC